GUGCGAGGCCUCGGUCCGCCCGUCCGCAGCCCCGCUGUCCCCGCUCCGCGCUCCCCCGGCCGAGCCUCCCCACGCCCUUCCCGGUCGCUGCCUCCCCUCUUGGCCGUGAGCCGAGCCCGGCGCGCGGUACCCGCGACGCCGCUGCGCCCCAGGUGAGGGAGCGGGGGAAGGAAGGAGAGAGCGAGCGGGGAGCACUCGCUCCCCCUCCCUCCUCAGCGCCUCCCCGCCGCCGAACCCCGCCGCUCCCUGCUUCACUUCUCGCGGCGGAGCCAAACAGCCCCUUCCCAAGAUGGGCUGCACGCUGAGCGCCGAGGAUAAGGCUGCGGUGGAGAGGAGCAAGAUGAUCGACAGGAACCUGCGGGAGGACGGCGAGAAGGCGGCCAGGGAAGUGAAGCUGCUCCUCUUAGGAGCUGGUGAAUCGGGGAAAAGCACAAUUGUCAAGCAAAUGAAGAUUAUCCAUGAAGCUGGUUAUUCAGAAGAAGAAUGUAAACAGUACAAAGCUGUUGUCUACAGUAACACCAUUCAGUCCAUUAUUGCUAUCAUUAGAGCAAUGGGGAGGUUGAAGAUAGACUUUGGUGAUCCAGUCAGGGCUGAUGAUGCUCGUCAGCUCUUUGUGUUGGCUGGAGCAGCAGAAGAAGGAUUUAUGACUUCAGAGCUUGCAGGAGUUAUCAAGAGACUCUGGAAAGACACCGGGGUUCAAGCCUGUUUCAACAGAUCUCGAGAAUACCAGCUCAACGACUCUGCUGCCUAUUACUUGAAUGACUUGGACAGGAUAGCACAAACCAGCUACAUUCCAACUCAACAGGAUGUUCUCAGGACUAGAGUGAAAACUACAGGAAUAGUGGAAACUCACUUUACUUUCAAGGAUCUUCAUUUUAAAAUGUUUGAUGUUGGAGGCCAAAGAUCAGAGCGGAAGAAGUGGAUUCAUUGUUUUGAGGGUGUUACAGCAAUUAUUUUUUGUGUGGCACUGAGUGAUUAUGACUUGGUCUUGGCUGAAGACGAGGAAAUGAAUCGGAUGCAUGAGAGCAUGAAAUUGUUUGACAGUAUUUGCAACAAUAAAUGGUUCACAGACACUUCUAUUAUUCUGUUCCUGAACAAGAAAGAUCUUUUUGAAGAAAAAAUCAAAAGAAGUCCUCUCACUAUUUGCUACCCUGAAUAUGCAGGGUCAAACACCUAUGAAGAAGCAGCUGCUUACAUUCAGUGUCAGUUUGAAGAUCUGAACAAGAGGAAAGACACAAAAGAAAUCUACACUCACUUCACGUGUGCCACAGACACAAAAAAUGUGCAGUUUGUUUUUGAUGCUGUAACUGAUGUCAUUAUUAAAAAUAACCUUAAGGACUGUGGCCUCUUCUGAGAACAGACAAAAGGUUGUUAAAUGGUAAAUUACAUGCCUGAAAACAGGACUUAAACAUUUGGAAUAUGCCCACGCUGUGUAAAACCUGCAUAGAUAUACUUAAUUCUCUUUUAUUUUAUUUUUAGGUUUGGAGAUAGACUUCGCACAAUUCUAAUCUGAUUCUUUUCAAGGUGAAAGAAGUACAAAAUGCAUUGUGCUCAAUGAUAGAUCAGUACUGUACUUGCCUGUUUUAACAGCUUUAUUUAUGUUUGUCUUGUAAAUUUAAGUAAUUAGUUAACACUGAGAUGUCAGUUGAUUGUAUGUAAACUUACAGUUGUAGUAAUGUAUUUGUAUAAACGUUGAACGGAAUAUUUUAGUAACUUGUUGUCCUCUAAAACAUUCCUCUAAAAUUUCCAUGUUUUAUGAAGAUACUCUUAGAGGAGACAGACACUUUUUGCCUUUGGAUUAUUUAAACAUCUUGUAAAAUUAAAUUUUCUUUUCAUCUUAA